CAACACUAGUUUAUUGUUUGUGUUCAAGAUUUUGAUGUUUUAUUAAAAUUAACAACAAUGAAUGAUUUAAGUGAUAAAGUUGUUAUUGCGAAAAAUUCUUUAAUGUCGGCAUUGGGCGACAAUGGACAAAAAUACUUGGCUAAUAUGAAGCUUUGGUUCCGACAUAAAUGGUCUAAGGAGCAAUUCGACUAUGAAUCUCGGAAAUUUUUAACGCCUGAAAAAAUGCAUUUACACAAUCAAUUUCUAAUUGCGAUACUUAAUAAGAUCGACGCAUUUCAGAUGCCACAAGAACCAAGUCCGACCAGUGGCGGCGGUAUGUCAAUGGGAAUUUCUGGUACAACAAUUGGCACGAACAGUAGUAGUGGCAGCCGUAAAGCUAAGCGAAAGAAAAGUUCUCGAAUAUCAAAUGAUAAAGUUACAUUUGAGCCUUACGAUUUCUUGGACUUUAUUAUGGAAGACACAAUGAAGUUGAUAAGACCGGCAAUGGGAACCGAGGCAAAUGUACAAAUUCUACCAACGCAACGAUAUUGCGUCCAAGAAUUAUUCCUGCCAGAUGCAGGCUUUAUUUUAGGUCGGUUUCUCAUUGGUGCGUGGGAAUCUGGUUUAGUUAAUGUGGAAGACAAUGUCGCGGAAUAUGUUGCAAUGGCUGUGCAAGUUUUACUAAAAAAUCUGAUCUCUGCAGUAAUUAUGAAAAAAGAACAUUACAAAGUAACCGGGGAGGGAUCUUUCUAUUACGAUGUUGGUGCUUCUCUAAAAGACCCUUCAGUGCGUAAUACAGUUACACGACAAAAACAGGAUGAUGGACCUUUAGAACUAGAUAAAGAAAUUACAUCACCAAAUUUUAUGCGCAGAUCUAAUGAUGACGUUACUUUUUUGUCAGCUUGCGAAGAAGUAUAUCCCAAAGAUACUAAGGAAAUUACUCUUACAGAUUGUCAAAGAGCAUUUUCGGAUCGCAAUUUAAUAGCCUCUCAUUCUGUUUAUGCAAUAAAUAUGGAAAGAUUGACACAGAUGAUGCAUUGAAAUACAUAUUUAUUUAAAAAUUUACAAAUCAUUUAAAGACAAAUACUAAUCUUAGUAAUAAAUAAUUUUUAUAACUUUGAAAA